AUGACAACGCAACCCACUAGCAGGCUCCAGAACGCGGGGAUAGCCAUCGAGAUUAUCGGCCCUGUUCUUGCUCUCAUCUGCGUCAGCCUCAGACUCUACCAUAGAUUGAAGACGGGCAACCAUGGCUGGGACGAUGCGUGGAUUGUUGUCGCCAUGGCCCUAUCUAUCGCGCUUGCUGUUGGGUCCAUCAAGGUCAUAAAGCUGGACUAUGUCGCCAUUCACUACUGGGACGUGCCUAAAAACUACGAUCCAACUCCAGGUUUGAUGUGGAUUUACAUCAUUGGCGCUGUGUACAAUCCGAUCCUAGCUAUUGUCAAGCAGUCGGUACUUAUAUUCUUGCUGCGCCUGGCCAGCACUAAGGCCGGUGUUCGCUACGCAGUUUGGGCCGUGUCCGCCUUCAACAUUUCUGAGAUGAUAGCUGUUUUCUUUGUGGUCAUCUUUCAAUGCAGCCCGAUUGCUUCCAACUGGAAUCUAGCGCUGACGCCCACUGCCAAAUGUAUUAAUCGAGAUGUCUUCGGCUUGACGACGGGCGGCCUCACCAUUUUGACGGACUUGUUUACUCUUGCAGUCCCGAUUUACAUCUUUGUUAACCUCAAAAUCAACAGGAAGACAAAGCUUGCACUGAACUUUGUCUUCCUGUUGGGGUUCGCUGUCACAAUCGUCAGCAUCGUCCGCCUCUACUUCCUCGAACAACAUCUUGUUGAUACCAACCCCGAUGCAAACUACAGCCUCGGCUUCUGCGUUAGCUCCAUCGAGUGUAAUCUGGCCAUAAUCACGGCUUGCGGGCCUGCCAUGUGGCCGCUGUUGCGCACCUGGAUACCGCGGGGGUUGACGGGCUACCGUAGUGACAACAACAACGGGGACGUCGAGUUGACCCGCAGUGCAAACCGGACACCAGGCAGUAGUGCCACCCCCAUGAAUUUGGGACGCCGGUUUUCGCGGAAAGAAAUCAAGGACAUCAGGGGAGACAAUGCGCGUGGCAAAACGUUCAUCAGUGCGAGCAGGCCAGAGGACUCCGAUGAAGAGGUGUUGAUGAUGCAUGAGACCGUGGGUAUCGUGAGAACUACAGACUACAGUGUGGUUCGAGAGCAAGAGAGGAAUCGGAGUCGGGAUGCGGCUCCGUCAAUCUCCAUAGGAGAGCAUGGCUCAUACUAA